AUGGAGGUUUCCUACACUGUACGCUUCACCCCGGACCAACAGGUGGAGGACUACUCCUAUGACCUGGUUGUUGUAACGGAGCGGGAGCGUUUCAUCGUGGCCAUCCGUGCGACUGGGGGCAGCGCACUGCUGGAUCUGCCAGAUGAGCUGGACUUCGGCUUGUCGCCGGUUAAGUUUGAGUCACCCAAGACCAUUAUGGUGCGGAACGUGGGCGAAAAGGCAACAAAGUUCUUGCUGAAGGUUCCGCCACCUUUCAGCACAUCAAUACAGGAUGGCUACCUGGAGGUCGGUGAGAUCGUGCAGGUGGACGUAGUAUUCAGACCCGAUAAGGCAGAGCAGUACGAGCGAGAUUUGCUUGUCAUAUAUGGCGACGGAAUUGAAGCAUAUGUGGCCUUGAAGGGGAAGGCGGAGAAGCUAGUUUGCAAAGCCAAGGCCAACCAGCUUCAGAUGGAGGACACAUUCAUUGCGCUCUCGACGCAGAAGACGAUUACAAUACACAACAACUCCGAGAUUCCUGUGGACUUUAGCUGGCGUGCUUUUCCUUCCAUACAAGAGGAGAUUGGUCAGAAGCUCAAACUCCAGGUGCAGCUGAAGCAGGAGGAAGGCGAUGAGGCGGCGGCACUGACGGAAUUGAGCUCCAUGGGUGAAGACUCCGAUGACGAGUCUCAACUCAGCGAAUCAUCGGACGAGUACCUGACCAAGUGCUCCUCGCAGGGGGCCCAGAAACACAAGCUGAAGGGCGUAGAGCUGGCGCAUGGUGCUCUCCAGCGGAGCUUCCUGGCUGUCUUGGCACGAUACAAGAACAUCGCGAAGGCGAUCCUUGAGGACCCAAUGUUUUUCUACGAUGAGAUUUUUGCGGUUGAGCCGCUGUCCGGCCAGAUUUGGGCGAAGUCCAAGGUGGCCAUCACCUUCACUUUCACGCCGAAGGCGGCUCUACAUUACCAGUGCUUGGCUUAUUGCUCCAUCGUCGGCCGCGCGGAGCGCUUGCCGCUCCUGCUCAAGGGAAUUGGGAUUGGGCCAAAAGCUGCCUUCUCAUACGACGAGCUGGAUGUGGGCGACAUUUUCGUAGAGUCUGUCCACCAGUACGAGGUCAAUUUGAUUAAUCAAGGUGACAUUGAUGUGGAAUUUCGAUUGGUUCCCAACAAUUCGCCUUUUGGUUCGAAAUUUGCCUUUACACCAAGCGAUGGCCGCUUGGAAGUUGGUGGCCAGUGCACCAUCGUGGUGGAGGUGUGCCCAGAUCUGCUCGGGGAGUUCCAGGAGACCUUCUAUUGGGAGCUGGUGGGAAGCACUUCGAAGAUUGCAUUGGGCUUCCGCGGUCAUUCAGUUUCUCCAACUUUCCAUUUUGACUUGGAUCGCAUAUCCUUUGGAGUGGUGAGCUACGGAUUCCUCAACUCGAAGACGUUGACUCUCACGAACACCUCCGAGGUGCCCAUGCGAUUUGCUCUCCGAAUUCCUGGCGAUGGCCGAAACACGCAGCGUGAGUUCGACGUCAUUCCGCCCAAGGGCACACUUUUGCCAAAUUGCUCGCAGAAGAUUCAAAUAGAUUUCAUUAGCCUGAAUGUGAAGUCGUACGAUUUAUGUUUGGUGGUGGACUUGGAUGGGGUGGGUCAGGAGCUCGCUAGCAUCCCAAUCCAAGCACGAUGUGCUGUACCGCAAGUGGCACUGGAGCCUCCAGAACAUUUGGAGUAUGGUGAUAUCUUCAUCCGAUAUCCCUCACACCAGACACUGGUGCUCAACAACACAUCUGCGCUGCCGGCGAAGUUUCAAAUCAUGCCGCAAGAUGAAUCCACGAGAUCCAUCGCAGAAUUUGAGCCGGAUCAGUCCUUUGGAUCAGUGCCACCGGCUUCUUCACACGUCCUCACCUUCACGUUGACUUCACAAGUGAUUGGAACGCUGCAGAUACCGAUUACCAUCCGAAUCUUGGGGCACAACUCUGCAAAUACAGUGACCCUGAUUGCCAACACCAUCGGGCCAAUUGUGAACGUGGAGCCAAAUGUGGUAGACUGGGGUAACUCGCAAUGCCUGGAGCCCAUCACACGCUCUGUGCUGGUCAGCAACAAUUCCGUGAUUCCAGCCUCAGUUCGCUGCAUCAUGAAGACCAGAAACUCCCUGUGGACACUUUCGCCGAAAGCCAUGGAGCUGCAGCCACACGAGUCGGCAUACUUGUACAUGACCCUAACAAUCGAUGAAGUGGCCAAGAUGACAGACAUUGCACAUGUCAUCGUCCACGAAAGCAAUGACGUGUCAGUGACCGUGCGCGCCAAGGGAAUUGGCACACCAGUUACGUGCAAAGAGUCGCUUGAACUCAUUGAUUUCGGGACGCAGUACACCACCCAGACGCACUCGAGGGAGGUUGUCAUCGAAAAUAGAGGAAGGCAGCCGCGCAAGCUGGUCUGGACGCUGGAGCUUCUCGGCAUUUGGUCAGAGGAGACAAAGAAGAAAGACAGGAAGACGCCUACCAAAGAGAAAUCCGAAGAAGGCGAAGCUCGCAUCUUCUCCGUUGUGCCUGAUGCUGUGACACUUGGCUGGGAGAGGGCCAGUGCCAUGCCAAAGCCACCCGGCCGAGAAUGGAUUGAUGCGGUGGAUGAUGACACCUUCGACACAUUGGCUCGCCCUGGCAUACCGGGCCGGCCAGGCAGGCCGUCCCAGACCCCGACGAGGCCUUCCAGGCACUCACGGAACUCGCAGAACUCGCAGCAUUCGCGCCAGGAGAGUCCCAACAAGGGACGACGAGGCAGCGAGAGGUCGCAGCUCCAAUACCCGGGAAGGGCGCAGGCAGAGUCAUAUCAGGACUGGAGACAAGCACAGGAAGCAGCAGCUCGUGCGAUUCGAGCAGCGGAGCCGCCAAAGAAGAAGAAGACGCGCUUUUACAGCCGACUGCGCAUCUGCCUCGUUGUCUUUUUUCUCGGUGGCUACAUCGCGCUGGUCUCCGUCCUGGUUUCUGCCAUUGUCACAGGAAGGAGCGGAGGCGAAGGUUGCCAGAAGCUGUGCCCGCUGAGCACCCGGUGUCAACUAGAGGCAGGAGAAGAGCGCUGCGUAGCCUCGUCGGGGGCCAACGUGGCAACCAUGGAGCUGAUUCUGUGGAUCGUGGUGGGCGUGCCGUCCCUGAUUUGCAUACCAUGCCUUUGUCAGUGCAUCUUGCGCAGAUGCUGCCCAAAGUGGUGGGAAAGGCUAACCUCCAGGUCGAGCUCAGCUUACCAAGCCGACUCGGAGGUCUUGGGUGCCAUGCUUGGCAAGCCGCAGCCACAGGCCGACAUUGAGCCGCCAGAAAGUGGCAACGAGGCUGAUCAGGCUGAUGAGGCUCGGAGCAUUUCGUCGCCUCGAAAGCCUCAGACGCCCGAGGCUGCUGAGCCGAAAGCAGCCCCUGAGAUCCAGGACGAUGGCCUCAAUGAGCUUUUCACGCCGUUGGCAAAGAGCCAGCCUCCAAAAGCAUCAGCGGUCGAGGAGGAAGAGCUGGACUUGCUGUUUGCUCCUAAGCCUCGUGCCCAACAGGAGAUGGAGAAAGCGCCGGUGAAGGGACCUCCAAAGCCACCAUCGACGGACUUGGAGUCUGCGUUCAGCCACCUCUUCCACAAGCGUGCCAUUCUCAGAGCAAAAGCGCCAAAAGUUUCAAAGCCAGCGGCUCAGCCGGCCCGGCCGGGCUCCGAGCUGCGCUCGGACUUUUCAGCGGGGAUGAGCGUCCUCUUUGCCACGGUGCAGCGGAGCUUGAAAGCAAAAGCCAGCUCACGGGUGGCGCAGGAAGAAGGCGAACAGUCCACCAUUGUUGAUGCGCGUGCACAGAGCGAGAUUGGCAAUGGGGAUGUGCUGGUCGAUGAUGAGCUCGGAGACCCACCAGACUUCUUUGGAUAUGCCGUGCGCCUCGCUAGAUCAGUGGAGGGGGCCAAGAGCCACCUGCAUGACAGCGAUGCAGCAAGUGACUCGGACGAUUCCCUCGGGCACCUGGAGCCCAGUGACUUGUUGGACUUGUUUCACCCGCCUCUAGACGGAUACCUAUGGGAGCGCAACUGCCCGCUGCACCCACUCUCAGAGCCUCUCGUGCUGAAGAAUAUCUCGCCUCUCGAGGCCAGGAGCUGGCAGCUGGCCGUUGUGUUCUGCUUGGCUUUGAGCCUCCAUCACAUCUGCCAUGGCAUCGCGCUCAUGUUGCCCGGGGGAAUCAAGCUGCCACCCCCAGCACCACUGGCAAUGCGCCAGCGGACCAAUAAGCUUCGGGAUCCAGAAACAGGUUUUCGGCGACCACCGCCCAAAGAAGCGGACUUUGCUCUCGACAUCUUCCAGCGAACCUUCCCUGGAGUAAAUACAGAGGAACACAUCCUCAUUCGCCGUUGGGAAGACAUGGUCGACAUGUUCGGAAGCCCGGAACUUGUCAACCAGCUGAUCGAGGAUGAACCUUCGAUCCUGCGGUGGCCCCGCAGAACCGCAAGAAAUGCCCUGCACCUUCUAAGCAUCUACUUGGGCGAAGAGGCUGCGAAGGAAGCCGUUUUCGAGUGCCCGUAUUUGCUCACCAAAAACUCCAAGCUAAUGCGGGCAACGCUCCCGGCGCUGAUCAAUGUGUUGGGAUCCCGACAGAGGCUGCGGGAAGUCAUCGCUAAGUACCCGCAGCUGACCAACUUGCCCGUGGGCGAUUUCUACAAAGCCAUGGGUGACAUGACCGCGGUGAUGGGCAGCACCGAAGCUGCCAUGGCUGUGGCAAAGCCGGCCAUGGAACGAGUGGCCCGAUCUCCUUACGUCUCUGCGGUGCCAGGAGGCUACCCAGUGUUGAUAGCGAUUUUUGGUGGCCUGGAGGAGGCACACAAGGCGAUAGCCCAGGAGCCGCUGUUGUUGAAAUGGUAUGGCGAGAACUUCCUGGGCAGGCUGGGUAGUCUGCGGCAACUGCUGGGCAAGGAGGGUGCCCAAAAGGCCGUAAGGAAGGCGCCAUACCUCCUCCUUGAGGAAAACCAGCGCAAGUCGCGGAAGUUUGAGCUAGCCUUUGAGGCUAUGGAACACUUGUUUGGCAAGGAGGAGACACGGAACAAGGUCGGUGAGCAGCCGGAACUGUUGGCACUUGGGUGGAAGCUUCACCGUGCUCUGCGAUUCGCUGAGCGGCGCUUGGGCUCCCGCGAGAAGGUUCGAGACAGGUUCGAUGCUAUCCUGGAGCGCACAGGCUUGGCGGAGCACCUGAAUUGGGAGCGCAAACAACGUCCACGCCACGGCCUGUGGACACCUAAGCUACGCCAGAGCUUCCCGCUGAACCAUGGCCCAUGGUCACCGCACACCAACCCGCUGGGUAAGGGAGGCCCGGCCCGUGGGCCUUGGCAAGAUUUCAAUGAAGACGAGGAGGCGGAGGAAGGCACUGUGGAAGUGGAAGCCGUUCGCUUCUUCAUCAAGGUCCAGCCGCCUUUCUAUGUCAACAUCGACACAUGCUACCUGCGAUCUGGUGAAACGCUGGAGAUUCGUGUGGAGUUCGAUCCAGCCUUCAAGGUGGAUCGUGUUUGUGGUACCGUGAAGCAGAAGCUGACCAUCGUUUACCAGGACCACCCGCAGAGAGACCAUGUAAACCUGAUCGGCGAAGUCAUUUUCCCAAAUCUCUCCUUGAGCAGCAACAAAUUGGACUUUGGCUCCGUCUUGAAUGAGACGAGCAAGCAACUCACCAUCACCAUGACGAAUCCGAAUGCCUUGCCGGUAAACUUCCAGUGGUCGUUCGUGGAAGAAGCAGAGAUGAGUGAAGAUGACUUGAGUGGUGGUGGUGGUGGAGGACAAAGAGCCUCGAUCGUUAUGCCGAGCGCUGUCAAUUCAGCUGCCAACUCUUUCAGCUCAGGCUUUCCGCCAAAGCACACUUCUUCUUUUCGCUCGACUGCUGACCCGAACGCGGCGGAGAUGCCCAACGUGCCGCGGCUUUCGCAAGUGGCCGAGAUGCAAGGCACGCUCCUCCCACAACAGAAGACGAAGCAACCUCGGCCGGUUGUGCCAGCAGACGCCAAGGACAUCAAUCAGAUUUUCGACAUCCUGCCGAUCAUGGGCAUCCUGGAACCAGGCCACUCGCAGGACAUCACCUUCACAUACUUUGGCAUGAAGAACCAGAAGUUUGACUGCCUGGCCGUCUGCCAGACAGAGGGUGGUCCAGAGUACGAGGUGUCUCUCAAAGGCCAGGCGUCCCGGCUUGACUUUCGCCUCGACAAAACGGAGCUCGACUUUGGGGAGGUGCAGGAGCGGGAGAUCAUCCUGGCAAACACCGGCAAGGUGCGCUUGGUCGCCUUCCACUUCAACUGGAAUCUCUGCGCUGUCUCUCGGCCGCCAGUUUUGGAUUGCUGGCCGGUCUCUGGCCAGAUCAACCCUGGAGACAAGGAGCGCAUCGCUGUGCGCUUCCGCACAGGCAUCCCUGACGAAGUGAAUGAAGUCGCAUUGCUUGAAGUCGCACACUUCGAGCGCCAGCGAAUACAUGUUCGAGGUCACGGGAUCUUCCCUGGCAUCCUCUUGUUGCAGGGGAGCCAGCCGGAUGUCUUCAAAGGACUCGAGCGGCGGGAUGAGCAAGAUCAUCAGGCGAGCAAGGAGUUGGCUGUGCAGCGGCUGAGAGAGAACGGGCCUCCUCCCCCAGCUGCCUGCGUCUCGAAUGCUUCCAGCAUGCACAGCAUGGCGGAGAACUCCGCGAAUGAAUCUGCAGCAAGUUUUGCCGAGUGGCAGCCAGAGCCGCAGGCCCGUGCUGGUUACGUUGACCGUCACUUCAUCUGCCAAUCGCUCCUGGCAAAAGAGAAGGAUCUGUGGGAGAAGCACCUGGAGAAGUACGCAAAGGACUGCUCAAGAAAAAGUAUGCAAUGGCCUGUAUCAGGCUCAGCCCGCGGCCGCGGCGAGCGUCGACCAAUGCUGGAGGUAAUGCCGAUUACUGCGGCCUACUACGAGUGUAACUUUGGACAUAUUGUCCUGGGCCACUCUGGCAAGAAGGUGAUCUCCGUCUACAACUGCUUCCAUGAGAAUGUGACCUUCAACAUUAACAAGCGGCUCCUGAUGCAGAAAGGCUUCCAGGUGAACAAGCUGCCACCUGGGAAGCAAGUGAAGCUGGAGCUGACCUGCUUCAGAGACAGGACGGGGGAGGAGGGGAAGCAAGAGCUGAACUGGAUCAUUCCGGUGAAGCUGACGAGUGAGUUCGUGCGGCCAGACCUGGAGCUUUCCUCCGACUCCAUUGACUUCGGGCAUGUGAUUGUAGGGCAGGUCAAGCGAAUUACUAUCAAGCUUCGCAAUGCCAAGUCCGUGAUGGCUAGUUGGGACUACAAAGCUCCAACCAGCAAGCCUGGCAAGACGACGGAGUUUGCCUACUCACUGAGCCCGCGCUCCGGAAGGGUGGCUCCGGGUGAGUCCCAGUUCGUAACGGUGAGCUUCACACCGACAUCAUCCAGAUCCUACAAUCAGAAGCUGGCCCUCCGGAUCCUGGACAAUCCUAUGAGAAAGAUGAUGCACAUGCGAGGGUGUGGUGAUGGCUUGAGAGUGAAUGUGGAGCCCUCAACGACCUUCGAGCUGGGACCUGUACUGCCUGGCACGGCUGACUGCGUGCAAGAGCUCUUCUUGUGCAAUCCUACAGACUACCCCAUCGAGGUCUACAGCGUGGAUUUCGACACAAAGUACCAAGAAGAGGAGUUCUUCUUGCAAGUCUACGACAAGCAUCUGGUCUUGCAUCUGCGACGGUUGCGCCUGGUUGGGACGCCUUGCGAUGGACCAAGGUAUGAGAACAAUCGCAUGGAGCUGCCAGUACGUACCCCUGGCGCACCGACUUGGCCGGCUGUGGCCAAGCACGGCCGAGAGGUCCGGCGCCAGCAAGAGCGGCAGAGGAAGCUCCAGGAGAAGGAACGCCGUCUCAAGGAUCGCGCCCAGCGGCGUGAGCAGGCCACGCUGCGUGUGGAGGCAGCCAGGAAGGCUUCCGAAGAGCCACCGGAGGAUCCGGAGGCUGCAGAGACGCCGGGGAAAGUCACUGCAGAGCUGGCCGAGGUGGAAGUUGUUUUGGAUUACGACAAGCUUAUGAAUUUCAUGAAGCCCACUGGUGGUGUAGUGGAAGUGUCAUUGUCGUUGCUCCUAUCUUUGGCCUUCAAUUGUCAGCUGCUUGUGAUGUUGUGUCCGGUUAAUGUUAUCAACAAUGGCUAUAGGCCGGGGCCUGUCCGAGUUCCAGCACAAGCUGUUCUGAUACUAUGGCUCGCAAGCCUCGAUUCACAGGCAGAGGAAGCCCUGGCUGAAAUCGAUGCAGAGCCAGAGGAAGAAGAGGUGCCAGAAGAGGAGUCUGUGGAAGAGGGAGGCGAGGUGGAAGAGGCACAGCCUGAGAUGGAUCCAGCCGACUUCCCAUACCGAGUGCUGGAUGAGGAUCGACUCCACGUCUUGCUGCUGGGCCCCCCCUUGACUGGGAAGAGCUCCCUGGCAGCCCACCUCGCCGACGGCAGACGGAAGAUUCUGUCCGUGGACGCAGCUGUGGACUGGGCUCUGUCAGGGCCGGCAGCACUUCAAGGGCCCGAGGAGGAGGAGCGUCGCGACAGACUUCGGAAGCUGAUGGCCGCUCAGGAUGAGGAGCACGAGAAGGCCGAGAAGGAGAGAGAAGCCGCGGCUAAGAAGGCCAAGGAAGCGUUUGUGCCAAGGAGUGCUACAUAUUCGCUGCCAAUGGAGGAUAUCGUGUACUUCCUGCAGCAGAGGAUGCAGCUUCCUGACUGCAACGCCUGUGUUGUUUUUGACGGUGUGGAAUGCGGCUACUUGCCAUCGGCUGAGCAGACAGUGACAGCCUUGCUCAGUGCGCUCUGGCCACAGCAGUUGGUGGUCCUUGGCGUUCUCCCAACCAAGUGUGACCAGAUGACGCUGGGCGAAGGCCUGCUGAAAGUUGCCGGAGAAAACCCUGAGGAGGACGACAUCAAAGCAGAGGCGCGGAAGGCAGCUGUGUGGCCGGACGUUUGCGGAUAUCUUGGACUGGAGGCGGCAGCCUUGCAAGGACAGUACACGUCGCUCAAGGCACAACGGAAGCAGCAAAAUGAAAUGCCCAGACACAGCUCGUGUGCUGCAAUCUGGCUUGAGGCCGCUGUGGACAGCCGGAUGCAGCAGCUCGAGGCAUCUGUCCCGGAAGCGCAGGCGGAGGCAGAGAAAGCGGAGGCAGAGUUGCAACAGCAGCUUUGCAGCAGGCUUUGGCGUCUGCAGUGCUCCCGAUGCAUGUGGACUCUCAACUCUGAGCCAAGGGCUGCUACGAAGCUGGAGGAGAUCGAGGCGCGACGGAAGCAGAGGGCCGAGGAGGCGGAGGCGGCAGGCCUGGACGCCGUGUCAUCCCUGUCCUUGUGUGCGGAGGCCGCAGCGGCAGUGGAUGCCUCGGAGGAUGUUGCUGAGAUCGUGGCCGAAAGCACCUGGGCCGCAGUCCACAACAUCUCCGGCCCCUGGCAUCUUUUGAAAUCGGGGCAGGUGCAGCAGCGAUGGCCAAGGAGGAGGACGACCCGGAGGCCUUUUUCUAGUUGUCGAACUGACAGCGUCAGAUUGCCUGUGCCCAGCACUGUGACAUUAGUUGUGGUACUGUGUUGCUUGCACAAUGUGUUGCCGAAUCGCGGCUCUUUAGCCAGGUGUAUCGCUCUGUGA